AUGACUACCCCUAUUACUGAAUUAGAAAAUACACAAACUGACAACAAAAUAGAAACUAACACAGCCUCAACUAUAUCUGCAUAUCAAGAAAGUUCCAAUACACAUUCAUACAGCCAACCCUUUGAUGACAACACAUGGCACUAUGAUAAACUGAUUACUAGUUUUCAAUCUAGCAACAGUCUACAAGAAUUUAUCAAAUACAAAAUAGCAACCAAACCUACUCAAAAACAAAUUCUCCCAG